AUGACUAUGCACUUUAUCGGAAGCCUUCCGGGAAAUACGGCCUUAUUAGUCGAUGAGGAGAAAUUAUAUUCUGGUGAGUCUAGUGAUAACAUUGUCGCAUUUCCUUAUUUUGCAGCGCUGUUGGUAAGGUUUCUGUGCCAUCGAUUCAUUGGGGAAUAUGAUCCUACCAUUGAGGAUUGUUAUCGCCGUACUGUGAGAGUAGAUGGUGAGGAAGUCACCAUUGAUAUAUUGGACACGGCUUGCAGGAACUCAACGUCCAAACUCACGGAGAAUUUUCUCCAAACGGGAGAUGGUUUCGUUAUCGUGUACUCCGUUACCGACAGGAAAAGUUACAUCACCGUUCCGCGUUAUAAGGAAAUGAUCGAGGAGUCAUGUGACCGCGCAAACCAGGGUCCAGCCUCCCUUCUCCUUAUUGGAAACAAAACCGACCUGGAGGAGCAUCGCACCGUUGCUAAAAGAGAAGGACAGAAUUUGGCGCAAAGAUACGGCUGGUCGUUCGGCGAAGCUUCUGCCGCAGAGUACGACGGCGUGGAUAAAUGCUUUUACGAGUUACUUCGAGAAAUACGAGCACGAAGACGAAAAAUGAGUCCAUCCGAGUUCCCGAUGUUGCAUCUGAGCGACUUACGUCAGUCUAGCUGCAGUGACAUUGACAGUCAAACGGAUGAAAGCGCAUCGGAAAGUAAAAAGAAGCGUUUUGUCAAAAAGAAACUCAGCGACUCUAGUCUACAGUAUAAGCGAAAGCUAUUUGGUUCGUGGCAUGAGUUGCUAUCACAGCCGGCGAAAACAAGUGCUAACAAAAGUAACCAUUCUUAAAAGCGACCGCAAAGGCUUACGAUUUUACGUAAACUAAUCAGAUAAUUUUAUGAGCUCAUGCGAAAACACCGAAUGUUGUCAUGUCAGCGUGAUGUCAUAAUGACACGCUAUUGCAUAGCAACGUCUCUGACUACAAUGCUGGCUCAACUAAAAUUCUGAAAUGAUGCGUCCCUGCUUGUUUCCCGGAUUGCUUGGCUUAGUUAGAGGACAAGACACCAUGGUCAUGGCUCUACUGUUUUGUAAUUCUGUUAUAACACUGAUAUCUUUGAUAUACCCUUCUUGUCAGUGAAAAAAAAAAAAGCGAUUUAAAAGUGGUCCGUAUUGAGCACCUUUUGAGUUUUGCGCUAUUUUAUGUAAAUAGACAUUUGGUCAGCCCAAUAAAGUUCUUUAGGAGAAAACCUUUUUUCCAGUGAGAUUUUCUCCAGUAGCAUGAAUUGUGUUUGUAAGUCACCGAGGCUUUCUUCUUGAUUUUCAUUUUAUGUAGUUGGUCUCCGUUCUAUUCCACGUCGUAAUUUUUACCUGCGCCCUUUAGUUUCUAGUUAAUUUGCGCGCAAUUUGUGCUGAAAUUUUCUUUUUGUUACGUUUUGUUCUAAGUAAGCUAGACGUCUCUUCAGGUUUACGCGUUUUUAAACGAAAACCCGCCACAGCUCGGACGAACAGCAUCUUUGUGGAUUAACUCCAUCGUCGUGACUAGAGCCAAGAUAGCCACAUCCGGCCUUUAUCAAGUCGUAAAUAAUACACCAUCACCA